UUUGGUAUGAACGGGAAUGGCGUUUACGGCCAAGUUGGGUAAAGUAACAAUCAUGUCGAUGUGCACGUGUGAGGUUUGUCAAUCUGUACGAGUAAUACUGGAUAAUAUAUUCAAGAUAUUCAAAACUUACGGAUGGAUACUGGACUCAUAUAUUAUUGAUUUUUAUCAAGAUGAUCUAUGGUCGAAAUUACCCAACUCAUGGAAAAAUUUAUUUAAAAAUAUUUCUAUUGAAGAAUUUGGAUCGUGGAUACUCAAUGGAUGCGUAGGGAAACAAGUAUGGCCACUGUCAUUGUUGGCACUCCGACAGUCAAUAAAAAUAUCAACAAUAGAUCGCGAUCCUGGCAAUAAAACUCCAUUUGUUUGUAAUGGAAAUCAAUGGAAUUAUUCAAUAUUCGUAAAUUCCACCGACAAUUUAUUGAAAUCACCUGAAAAUAAUUUAUUUUGUAACCAUAAUAAUUUAUUUAAAAAACAUAUUAAAGUAAAAAAACGUUACGAAAUUGAAAAUUUUUCUGAGAUUUGCGCAAAGUGUACAUAUUUAUCGAAAUGCAAGUGUAUUGUCGACACUGGAGCGGGGAUGGGUCAUUUGGCACGUCAGUUAUCCUACAAAUACAAUUUAUCUGUAGUUUGUAUCGAACAAACGAAAGAAUUAUCCGAUUUAGCUAAAAAAUAUGACGAAGAAUAUUUGAUGACGAUUAAAAAACAUAUACCUAAUUUCGAUUGCAAACCGUCGUAUCACUUGUGCGCUAAAAUUUUCGAAGAAAAUAAUAUUUUUAGCGACAGCUCAAGCAAUAAUGAUGAAUUGAUUAAAAGUAUCAAUAAAAUAUUUGAAAGUACUUUUGAAAUUUCUUCUAUUGAGAAUUUCGGAUUUGGUUUUAUUGGACUGCACCCUUGUGGUGACUUAGCAGUUACUUUGCUCAAACUUUACGUUAAACGACCAAACAUUAAAUUUAUCAGUAUUGUUGGAUGCUGUUACAUGAAAUUAACGACUGAUAAAGAAAAAAAUUCAUUGGGUUAUCCAUUGAGUAAAUAUUUAAAUAGUAUGAGCAACAAUUAUUUAAGUUAUGCAGCAUUAGAAGUCGCAUGUCAUGCAGUAGAAAAUUAUUGUGAUAAAAUGAGAAGUGGUGAUUAUCACAAUUUGAAAGUACAUGCUUAUCGCAGUGUGUUGGAGAUGUUACUGAUAAAAAAAGGUGGUUUAAUAAUGCGUCACGGUCGUGUAACCAGCGUUAAAGUUAACGAACAAAUGACAUUUGAUAGAUACUGUGAAUUAGCGACAGCUAAAUUUGAUGAUAAUAAAAAAUUAUUUAAGAGCGAUUAUCAAUGUAUGGAAGUGGAAAAAUUUUUGGAUAGAUGGCAGGAUGUUGUUGCUUUCGAGGCUCUACGGAUGAUGCUGGCACCGUUAGUUGAAACGGCUGUUUUGUUAGAUAGAUUUUUAUUCCUAUCCGAUCAUAAUUUAAAACCAUUAAUUAAAGCUGAAUUUGAUCCAAGACGUUCUCCACGAAAUUUUGUAUUAAUUUCUAUAAAAUAAACUUUUUUUAUUAUUUUAUUCAACUUAA